AUGGGUAUCCCGCUUUUGGACCGCGCAAAAAUACAGGAAAUAUGGAAAACUCAGAGGCGCCACCUCCACUGCAUCCAGGACCCACCCGGCAUGCACCUGUACAUGCAGACCGGGCAGCUGGUCAAAGGGGGGAUCACGCUGCCGGUGUUCAGGUGUGGCCGUGGUUCAACUUCGUUGGAGUCGUUCCACCUGCAUCUGGACCGCUUCAUACCUGGCACUUCAGCCAGCGCGGCCCACUUUCAGGCCUAUCUGCUGGAAGGCCUGGCGCGGUGGAACGAGGACCGUGCGGCACAAGCAGUGGAGGAAGGAGACCGUGAUAUCGUCUGCUACAGUGGCCAACUCCAGCACUCCGUCAACGAGCUGAGCGACAUUGUAUAUCGCAUGAAGCUGGUUGACGAUUACACCCGGCCUGCGAAGUACACUGGUGAGCUCAUAGGUAUCCAGUACCUAUUUUCGCAGACCGGUCGAGUGCUGGAGGAAGUGAUGGGCAGGGAUCCCGACGCUCCGGAUGGGACCGAUACAGACGACGACGAUGACAGUGUCGACGAGGGCUUCAAAGAGGACGAGGGGCCGGUGCAGGAACCUCUGGACAACACCGUCUUCGGCCUUGAGGAGGACUUCGCCCAACAACCGUUGUCGUCUGACAAGUCCCAGUCGCGCCUUGCCAUCGGCGCCUCAAAGUCUGGGCCAGCCGACCAGGACACCUCCCCUGGAGACGAGGCCACUCAAAGCGUGUCCCACGAGCUGGUAAGUCUCUCCCGACGAGUUGUGCUAUACCUGUGGAAUAUCUGAGGAGUGCUCCCCUUUCUCACUUUCGCUCUC